GGCUUUUAAACAAAUGAAAAAAAAUACCUUUGUGAACUACUAUAAUAAUAUUGUAAUAUUCAAUACUGAUUAGUCAAUUUACGUUAUUUAUAGUUUGUUAUCCUUGUUAAAUCAUCAAGUAGAUGAAUAUCUUAAAUAUACUAGUUGUGUUAUUAUUUGGCUGCUUUUAAACGAAACAUUUACAAAUAAAAUCAAGGUUAAAAACUGCAUUGACGAUUUGAUUUCGGCACAAGACUCUUAUUUUGAAGUUCCUGUGGCUGUGUCACGUGAUCCAAACAUCACCGCGAAUCGUUUGAUUUCGUACUUCAGAAUUACAGUGAAUGGUCACUUUAAACGUUUAGAAACCCAACGCAUAAUAUCACACCUUUGACACGAGAAGAGAUAACCGUUGGUUUAUUUAUUUUGACCGAUUUUGACCGCAAAACCAUACGGACAUGUUAUAUCAGACGGUUGUUGGCUUAGCUUAGAGUCUUAUCUGUCGCCAUGGAAACUGGGCUAACAAAAGUUGACCAGUCGUCAUAAACCAGUGACCAUGCAGUUAGCUGCUUGGAAAGCUAUGACUUGAUAUCAGUUAAAUUAUUCUUUUUGGUUUUAUGCAUCGUAUCCCAACGUAGAAUAACACACGGUACUUUUAAAUGUUUUAAUAAAUACUUGAGACUCAGGGUGAACGUUGAAUGUGCGCGUCUUCUCAAAUGACGAUAUGUCUGAAUGUCAAGAUUGAAGAUCCAAAUUACGUGAGAACAAAAUGAAAAAAGGAGGUCAGACGCGCAAAGGAUCACCGAAGAGCGUCCAGGGCAAAGCUGCGUCUCCCAACGCCAUCUCAUGGCCGGAGACUGAGGAUGGAGAUCUUAAGGACAAAAGAAAACACAAGGGAACAAGAUACAUCACUGAAGAUCUGAUCAAGAAAUUGACCAAAUGUGAGAAUUUAGCACUUGUGCGGACUCUUGAUCUGUCCACAUUGUUGAGUAAUGACAAACAGUUUAGGUAUAUUGAAAACUUGGACAAGUGUGAGCAUCUGCAGGUUCUCAUCCUCAGUAACAACAAAAUCGAGAAAAUCGAGAAACUUGAGAAACUAAGCAAAUUGCGGGAACUCAACCUUUCCAAUAAUGCAAUACAAAAAAUUGAAGGUCUGGAGCACAUGUCAAGUCUUCAGAUUCUGAAUUUCGCCUUCAACAACAUUGAACAUCUACCGAUAUGGUUGGCAAAGAAGCUCAGAUCCCUUCAGACCAUAAAUCUACAGAGAAACAAGAUAUUCUCGCUCAAUGAAAUGGCUAAACUGAAGCCACUGAAGAACCUGACGAGUCUCACUUUAGCAGAGAACCCUGUUGCCGGCCUCCCCCACUACCACCUCUUCAUAAUCUUCCAUCUGAGGUCACUGGAGAUACUGGACGGACAGCCAAUCAGUCCACAGGAAAGAGAACAAGCACAUAACCGCUUUCACAUGGAGGAGGUUGAGCGUCUGGAGCAAGAGCUUGAGUUGCGAUCUGAGGAGAUGUCUAGGUUGCAGAGAGAGCAGACGGCAGCGCAGGCAGAACUGGAGCGGCAGGAAAGAGCCAAUCAAAGCCUGAGGCAAGAGAAUAAGGAGCAACAGCGGAGCCACGAGGAGCUCAGGAGAGAACUGGACACUAAAUCUGAACUGCCUUCACUUUCCGCUCCUCUACUGGAUUCUCUUUGUCAGCUAAAGCAGAAGUCGGUGGAGUUGACCCGGGCCUGUCAGAAACACUAUGAGCUGGAGCAGGAUCUUGCCUUUCAUAAAAUAGAUGCCAAGUUUGAACCUCUUCCGUUUUCUCCAGACCCUGAGGUGGAGAUGGAGAACCUUUCUAGUGAGAGUCCUUACAUAGGAAAGGCUCGACAGAAACGAAACGUCACAUUCGCUUCAGACAACAAGAGAACACGAGAUCUGAAGCAGGACCUGACGGAAACAGACAACUCAGCAUCUCAUGAUAUGUUCAGACAUGCUCAGCUUAGAGCCGAGGAGUUACUGCAACAACUACAUAAAGAAAUUGAGGAGAAAGAACAGCAAAUCCUCAAAGUCAGUGAGGAGCUCCAACAGCUGGAGGAGACACUUUCACAAAGAAGGAUCUGUGAAGCGGAGAAGGAUCAGGUCAGACAGGAGCUUCAGAGGAGAAUACAGAGACUGGGAGUACUGAGAGAAGAGAUGAAGACGCUUGAGAAACAGCUGGACAGACAGAGCACAGAGAAGAUUCAAGCGCAGGGUGAAAUGGAGCAGAUGCAGAGUAUUUUGGGCAGCCUGGAUCCCAAUGACCCCAGAUAUACCCAUGUGAAGGCUCGGCUGUCCAGUACGACGCAGCUGCUGGCCAUCAUGAGCCGAAAACAUCAGGAGCUUGAGAGCAGGCUGGAUGAUAUGAUCACACGCAUAUACAAGGAAACCCAGGAAAUCAAAGAACUUGAGCAACAACUUACUGAUGGUCAGAUCGCUGCAAAUGAAGCUCUAAAGCGUGACCUGGAGGGCAUCAUCGCAGGUCUCCAGGAGUAUCUGCAGGGGGUGAAAGACCAAGCACGAAGAGCCCAGUCUGAAUGCAGACGUCUACUAAGGGACAAUGACGGUCUGCAGCGCCUCCUACAUGAGAAGGACCUGCAAUGCUCGCAGCUGGAGAUAGAAGCUAGGAGUGCAGAGAGCAACCAGGAGGAGUUAAUGCGUCAGCAUGAGGAAUUGGAGGAUCUGAGGAAGGAGAAUGAGGAGCUCCGGCAGGUUCAGGGGCAGGUCAGUGAAUACGAGACGCAGCUGCAGGAGAGAGAUGCACAAGCCACACAACUGAAGGAGGAGCUGGACAGACUGAGUCGACUUAGUCAAAAGGAGCACUCUGCACUACAGGCAGAGCUUCAGAAGGAGCGGCAGGCUAAAGAGAACGCUUUAACUCAGAUGCAGAUGACUACCGACAGAGAGCUGGAGUAUGCGGAGCUACUGCAACAGGUCAACACCCUUCAGGAGGAGAAAGACUUUCUGAAGGAUAAGGUAGAGACUCUUCAGGAUGAUUUGGAGCAGGUCCGGUGUGUCCUGCUGUGUCCGGUGGAUGUGUGUAAACAUCUCAAGGAGUUAAAGCGAAGCAUAGCUGCGGGACAGGCUGAACUGAGCUUUGAAGAUCUUGGAGAAGCCGUGAACAAGAGUCUCAUGGACCUGCAACAGGAGGUUCAUCGUGUGGUAUCAGCAGCCCAGAGAGAUAGAGAUGAAGCCCAACAGAGUCAGGACACACUCGCUGGAGAGAUGAAGGCCCUCAAAGAGAGAUUCCGGAGGUAUCAGGAGAGAUAUCAGAUGGAACGGAAUCAGGCGGCGGAGAGGCGGGUCGAGGAGGCGGAGCUCCAAAGAUUGAAGGAGGACCUUGAAGACGGCCAUGACCAGCAUUACUUGAUGCUGAAGCGUCUAGAAGAUACAGAAAUUGAAAGAGACCGUCUGCUGGCUGAACUGGAGGAGCAAGAGAAAGAGUGCAGUGAAUCAAUAUUUACUCACCGUUAUGUUAUUCCAUCCCAAAAUAUGAAGGUCGAGGAAAGUCAGACUCGGGGGCAGUUGGAGUCUUUAAGUCUUGAGUUGCAGAACCUCAAGAGAUCAUUCUCCACUGCUGACAGGAUGGCUGCUCAACAACUCAACGACGCCAAAGACAAACUUCACUCUCUCCACAGCACUAUAGAGCAAAUACAUCUGAAGAGAACAGCAAAUGCAGAGGAGUUGAAGAACACCAAACUUCAAGCUGCUCAAGCCAUUCAGGACUUGACCGAUGCUGAAGCUGAGAUCCAGGUUCUCCAAAAUCUUCUGAGAGAAAGGCUUUAUGAGACAGAUAGGAACCACCACAGCGUCUCAGACUUUCAACAGCAAGAACUGGACAGAUUAAACCAAACCCUGAAAAAACAACAAGCCCACACCAAACGCCUCAGAGAUCAGCUAGCUCAAGCCAAUGAAGCAAACAAUGAAAAUUUACAAGAGCUGCUGGAGGAGAUUGGAGCUCUGAGGGAAACUCUACAGCAGCAGAAUAACUUCCUGUCAAGUUUAGGAGAUCCCAGCCCGCAUGCUGGGUAUUGGUACUAUGUACCGUCAAAUCAAAAUGCUCCUAGUCUGGGAUCUCAGGGCACACAGGACUCAGGGUUGGGCUCUGCGCACCCUCAAUCUCCAGACAAAGGUCGACGGCCCAGAGCACACAGGGACCGAAGACCACCUGUUAAUGGAGGAUACUGGGUCCAUUCUCCACAUCCACACGCUCAUGCCAGAAGAGAUGCUCAGGUGUUCAGAGACAGCGGAAGAGAGAGUGAUGUGGAAGGUCUGUCUCCUCUCGCCGGCACCGCUGGAUUCACUCCGGUUCCUCCCGCUGGCUCAGUUAUGUACGAUCACCCUGUGCCUGGCCUUCCCAUUGGCUCCAGCACUGUUCUGUAUGGGCCGCCCCCUGAUGGAGCCAGGCUGUUGUACGGUCCCCCUUCCGGUGGUCUUACCGUUCCUUUGGUGCCCAGUGGAACACUGCACUGUAAUGUGCCGGGACAUCAGGACUUGGAGCGAGAUCUGAAGAAUGCAGAGCGCAGGUUGAAAGAUGAACGUGCUGAUAGAGUUCACGGUGAGAAAGAGCAUUCGGCGCUUCAGGAGAAAACAGCAGAUCUGCAGCGGGAAAUAAAGCGUCUCCGCAGGGCCAUCCAAACGCUACAGCACCACACGAGCAGGGUGGAAAGCUCCGUAUCUCACACGGAGGAUGAGCAAUGUGUGUCAGGAGAGGUGGCGUGUGUGGAGAAGACCCUUCUGAAGCGCAGAGCGGAGCUCAGAGAGGCUGACAGACUUCUGCUUGAGGCCGAGACCGAGCUCAAAGACACCAAAGACAAAACUAAAGAAAGCAUGCAGAGUUAUAAUGAGGCCAGGAGACGGGUGGAAGAGACAGAACGAGAGCUGGUAGAGAUGGAAAAGAGAGCUCGAGACAGCGCCACACAGCUGGUCCACAGUAAACAACAGCUCAGAAAUCUUCAGGAGGUAGUUCUGGAGCUGCAGAAACAGAAACAGGAACAAGAACACACACUACAGGAGGUGCAGGACAUAAUCGCACGUCACGACGCAAAUUUUCAAGAAGUCAACAGAAAGCUGGAAAGAGCGACUGACAGACUGGAGACUGUUCAGAAUGAGCUGAAAGAGACACAGAACCUUGAAGCAAAACUCCUACAGAGCUGCAGAGAGGCGGAAAACAACCUAACACAAAGGCAGACACAGCUGGACGAGAUCAGCGACCAGGUGGAGUCGCAGCAGAAAGAGCUGUCGUUGCUGGACAGGAAGCUGGAACAAUGGAAACAGGAAGAGGAGGUGCUUAGAAUUAGUGUUGAUAAGCACAGGCAGGGUCUGUUAGAGGUGCUCAGACAGGGAGAGGAGGACGUCCACAGCUUACAUCAGCGCAUUCAGGAGCUACGUGUGGAUGUACAGACUCUGGCCGUACAGAAGGGAGAGCUGGACUCUCAGCUGUCCGAGAGGAAGAGCAGACUGGCUCAGUAUAAGACAGAUCAGCAAGAAGAAGAGGAAACCCUGCAUGAGCUGAGAUCAGCUACCAACAAACACAAAGCAGAGCUGAAGCAUGUGUUGGAAAGGGUCCAUCUGGAGUCAUCAGAAUUAGAGGGUGUGAAGAUCCAACACAACCAGAAGUUGGACCAGCUUGUGAAGAGCCAGGAAACUCUACUGCAGGUGCGCGUGGAGCUCCAGCGUGUCCAUGAGCAGUUGCAGGAGCAGAAUGGAGAAGCUGAGAGACAGAGGACACUGCUGGAGAAAGAGAUAGAGGAGCUUCACGCACUCCAACAAAAAAAACUAGAACUACAAGGGCAAACAGACACAGCAGUCCAAGAGCGUAGCAGCCUGCAGGAACAGUGCAAAAACCUGGAGGCCAGACGUAUGCAUGCUCAGAGGUGUCUGGAGGUGGCAGAGAAGGCAGCAAGGACCGCAGAGACAGAGCUGCUCAGAAGACAGACAGAGCUUGACAGACGUCAACAGGACCAGAAACAUGCACACGAGCUCCAGCAGGAGAUCCACAGAGACGCCGCAGCCAAGCAUGAAGAGGAGAUGAACAGACUGAAGAAACAGCUUGUGGAAUCUCAGAUGCAGUUAGAUGAGAUCAGAGAGGAGGUGAAGAGUGCAAAGAAACAGCGAGACGAUCUUGUGAAGCAGCAGAACGAUCAAAAAUCUGAACUGCAGGAGAAGAUCAAGAGAAGACAACUGAAAUUGGACAAACUGGGACAGCAGCUGCAGGAGCUGAAAGCACGAGUGGACGAGAAACAGAAACAGCUUGAAAAGCGAGACAAGCUGAUCAGAGUUCAGCAGCAGGAGAGCAGUGAUCUGGAGCAGCUGCACAGACUGAAGCAGCAGACGCUGCAGUCGCAGCUGCAGGCAGUAGAGGGAGCUCUCGCCCUGAGGCUGGAGCAGGUGCAGCAGGUCACAGCUGCAUCCUCAGAAAUGCAGGUGGAUAAACAUGAUCGUCCACAGCUCCAAAGGGAACUGCUGAUUGUGGAAAAAGGCGCUCAAGAAAACCAUAAACAAGCCAGGACGCUGCAAGAACAGCACGGCACAUUUUCCCAAGAGCCACCAGGCCUUAAAGACACGCUGCAGGAAGACAGCAUUGGACUGGACUUUAGGGACACAGUGCCCUCCGUGAGGUCAUGGGUGGACAGCGGGGAGGUGAGGGAGCUCGAGUCGCCCCCCAGCAUCUCCUCAGAUACAGACAGUCUGAAGGAGAACCAUCUUUGUGUUACGCUCGCUGGGGGGAAACCAGGCUACAGCAUUAUGGAUGAGCAGUGGCGUGGCGAUGCACUUAGGGAGAGACUCAGACAGAAGGAAGACCAUUUAAAGGUCCAGCUUCGCAGGCGCAUGUUCUCCCAGCAGGAAGCUCUGAGUCAACGCCGACUAGAGGCCGAAGGCAGCAUUCAGGGUUUGCGCAGACAUGUCGACAAAUUGGACCAGCUCCUGUGCAACUCUACCAAAGACUCCUCAUAGGCUCUUCUCGAGGACAUCUUUAGCAAAAAUGCAAUUUUCUGUCAGGUUAUGAAACCAAGCGGUUAGAGAGACGAGCAGAUCUGGUCGGAUGAGCAGUUACUCUAAGCCAGACAAAGAGCAAGAACACGGAAGACAAAGAAAUGAUUGUGGCAGAUUUACCAUGGGGUGAAUAGAUUCUUGUGUUGGUCACAGCAGUCCAAGGCUUCUUUAAACCAAACCAAAUCGGUUGCCAUCAGCACUUUCCAUAUACAAAUGAGGAAACUGAAACUUGAGGUUAAAACUAAGGGCAGUGGAGGUUUAACUCACUACCUCAGUUUAGGUUUUCUGUUGUGUUUAGAGAUACAAAGGCAUUCACAGAUAUAAAACCUGUUAUUUGUAAAACUGAAACUGUGAUUUUCCUUUUUAUAUUUACAUCAAGCAAUUGAGUUUUGCAAGCCAAGAAAACUGUUGUCGACUUCACGCGGCUGUGCAGACCACACGAGGAAAGACGUCAUAUUAUCGUGAGAGCCCUCUGAAGUGUUCCGCUCUCGCGAUACCUCGUCCUCAUGCACGGUUUGGUCUGCGCAACGCCGCUCUUUGUAUUAUUGUGAGGUGAUUGACACUUUUCCAUAAGGCUUACAAUUUAAAUGUGAAAAGGUUCCUUACAUAUUUAUAUUGACUAUCAAACAUGAAAUUGUAUUCAUGAUAUGCAACGUAUUUAUUACAGCGCUUUUCUUUGUGUACAGUUUGUACAAUUGUGUCAUUAUUGCUGAUAUACAGUGCAAUUUAUUAUAUGUGUGGACAAAAACACUGUCUACAGUAAUGUCUUUAUUAACAUAAUUACAAACAAAUCUCACUUACAGAAGACAUACUUGAGUUCAAGAGCAGGUUAACGUUAACUUUUUGCAGUGUAAAGAUGUCAUUAAGACAUGAAAAAGCAAGACAGUAGGAGCGAAAUAAAAACUGAAUUUUAGUUUACAAAACCACAUCUAAAAUCUACCAUAAUACACGAAUAGAAAAUUAUAUUUGGAGUGUCAUUUUGCCUUUUAACCUGUUCAACAUCUAUGUGUAUCUAUGAAUAAACAACUGCUGGUUGUAU